CCGACCGGAAGUCGUCCCCUCUCACGCCUACCUGCCGUAUUGAAGCUGCGACGACGACGUUGCACCUUUAUAUCGGUGUUAAUAAAGAGCUGUUAACGUUUAUCACCGACAUAUGAAGUAUAAGAGAAGUUAAUAACAUUAUUUAUCCACAGUGUUCCUGUAACGGAGCCACGGAGACAUCAUCCACAGGACGGACAGAGGAGACAGGAUGUUGAACUGCAGCCCGUGGGCUCUUCUUCCGCUCACACACUCUGUGCUCACCGCUGCUGGACUGUGGCUCGUAUACUUCAUUGCUGUGAGUGAUGAGCGUAUUGCACCACUGGGUUCAAAAUACAGGAGGAGAAAUGGAUCCUUUUAUCCUCCAUACAUCAGUAUUGCCGGCAACUUUCCACCAGCCAGCUGCUUCUUCAGCGAGGUCAUGAACUUGUCUGCGUUUCUGGCGUUCAUUAUCGCCGUCCUCAGAUACCUUCAGCUCAAACCAAUAAUAAACAGAGCCUGGCUGAACGUCGGGAGUCUGGUGGUUUUCUCUAUCGCCUGCUUUGGAAUGACGCUCGUAGGAAACUUCCAGCUAUUCACCGAUGAGAUUAUACACAACUUUGGCACCUUCAUGACAUUUGGACUGGGAACGCUGUUCUGCUGGGUGCAGUCCUAUAUCACCCUGAAAGUUGACAUGAACAACGAGGGGAGGAAGACUGCUAUCAUUCGUUUCCUGUUGUCUGCAUCCAUCUCCAUCUGCAUGAUCCUCUACUUCUCCCUGAUGGCUGUGGGCCUCCACAUGCAAGCAGCUCAGUGCCAGUGGGCGCUCGUCAUGUUCUUGCUCGUCUUCCUCGGCACUUUCGCCAUCGAGUUUCGUCUCAGCCGCUUUGAGGCCGUGUGCGAAAACAGCUCCGGGGUGCUGUGAGCCUGUCGAGAGACUUUCUCCGGACUUUUACAGUGUUACGCUCUCUGACUCUUUUAAGAUCCUCAGGUAUAACUUGCAUGAGACUUAAAAUUAAUCCGCAACAUAGUUUAAGAUGCAUUUAUUCCAUCUGAACAAGCUGUAAGUGUUUGUUUACGCCAACAAUCACCACUAUAUGUAUUCAUGUUUUAAAACUACACCAAAAAUCUGCUUUGUGUGCUGCUACCUUUUUAUACGUAUGCAAGGAUGUUUUCACCUUUUUCAACAUUAUAGACCUCUACUUUAUUUUUGUAACUUUUUUUUUAAUGUUUUGGGGGAUUGUGUGAAUCUACAGUUGUAGAUGCUUACUGACGCAAUCAGUAUCAAUACAAUAAAAUAUAUACAGGAAAA